UAGUGAAUGCAGGGUCCAGGGAGACCAGAUAUAGUGAAUGCAGGGUCCUGGGAGACCGGAUAUAGUGAAUGCAGGGUCCGGGGAGACCAGAUAUAGUGAAUGCAGGGUCCAGGGAGACCGGAUAUAGUGAAUGCAGGGUCCGGGGAGACUGGAUAUAGUGAAUGCAGAGUCCUGGGAGACCAGAUAUAGUGAAUGCAGGGUCCGGGGAGACCAGAUAUAGUGAAUGCGGGGUCCGGAGAGAGCGGUACCACCCUAUAGUGGUAGGGAGACUGGAUAUAGUGAAUGCGGGGUCCUGG